AUGCCUUCCAUCGCUUCAUCCCCUUCCGAGGAAUACGAUUUCGCCGUUAGCCGGAAUCAAGGCCUGGGUCAGCUCUUCUAUGGCCAGGUGCGACGAAAUGCUACUGCAACUGCAGUUGUUGACGUGGGAAUCUCUCUCACAUAUGACCAAUUGCAUUUACAAGCCUCGUAUAUUGCUCAUCAACUGCUACAAGAAUCGUUCGCUUUCGAAGAGCCAGUGGGAAUAGUCGUUCAGCAUGGCGUCAACGAUAUCAUUGCCCAGUUAGCUAUUAUCUAUGCUGGCGGGAGCUGUGUCCCAAUGGAUCCAACGCUUCCAGACCAACAAAUACAGGGCCGGUUGCAACGACUGAACGCCCAAUUUCUGCUGGUUGACCAAAGCAAUAAAGAUCGAGAUCUUCCCUUCCGCAAAUUUGCUCUCGAAGGUCUCGUGGCUGUGGCCAAGGACAAAUAUCCAGUUUCAACAGACCUAGAACAUCGCACACAUUUGAUUCAUACUUCUGGGACAACCAGCGAGCCGAAGGCAGUACAGAUCGCAGCUCGGUCAAUUUUACAGGUUGUCUUCCAUGCUCCUUUUGAGCCAGUGAGGGAAAAUGAUGUCGUUGCACACGUCAAUAAUAGCAGUUUCGAUGUCUCUCUUUUUGAUGUGUGGGCUCCUUUACUUCGUGGUGCUUCUAUUGCGGUUCUAAGCAAAACGGCUCUGCUGGAUCUUCCAGUUAUGGCAGAGCAUAUCGAUCGGCUUGGAAUUACCGUGAUGGCCACCACAACUGCCUUGUUGAAUCUCGCUGCUUCUACCUAUCCGCGUGCCUUCUCCAAGCUACGUAUCUGCUUUAUUGGAGGUGAAGCUGCAAAUGUCGCCGCCAUCAAAACGAUCUUCGACGAGGGCCCUCCAGAGAUGCUGAUAAAUGCCUAUGGACCAACCGAGUGUUGCAUCUUCUGCUUGACUCACCAGAUCGUUCCCGAGGACAUCAAAGCUGGCUCCGUCAGCAUCGGCAAACCGAUUGGUCACACGAUUGCAUAUGUAGCUGACGAUAAUGAUAACCCAACUGAUGAAGGCGAGCUCUGGAUUGGCGGCGCUGGUGUUUCCCCGGGAUAUGUCAACCAACCCGAGAAGAAUGCUGCUUCCUUCACAACGGUUGAAGAUUUAGUGACAGCAUCAGGUGAUCCCAUCAGGUUGUACCGAACAGGUGAUAUCGUCCGACGUCGGCCAGAUGGACAGAUUGAUUACGUUGGGCGCUCUGAUCAUCAGGUCAAGAUCCGAGGAUUCCGAGUUGAAUUGGGCUCGGUCGAAGCCGGGCUCCUGAAAACUGGCUUUUUCUCCGAUGCCGUGGCGAUGAGAAUUGAACCACCCCAGGAUGGGGCCGGUUCAAUACUAGUCGCGUAUGCUGUACCUGUGGACAGCUCUAAGCCUGUGGGGGUUGAGGAGGCAUUGGCAGUCCUUCGCACGAUUCAUCCGGAUUAUAUGAUUCCUCAGCUGCAAUUGAUCGCCAGUAUGCCUCUCAAUAGCCACGCCAAAGUGGACAGAAAAGGGUUAACGGAGCUGUACUGCAAGCGAUGGAAGGUGGAUUCACUAUCAAAGCCGAAAGAUGGGCCCAAAGACACCCGUUCGAUACUCGCUGACCUUUGGGCUUGCAUUCUUGCAUCCCCUGCCGAUUCAUUCCAGGACGACGAUAAUUUCUUCAGCCAUGGAGGAACAUCUCUUCAAGCGUCACUGUUGAUCAGCCAGAUCCGUCGCACAUUUGGCUCCGAAGUGUCUCUGCUGACUCUCUAUGAUAACCCAACCCUGGAAGCCCUGACAUCAAUUAUCCAAGAGCGCCAGAACGGCCAAUUCGAGACAGUUCGUAACGAGAGUGACUUGUGGGUAGCCGAUACAAAGAUUGCGGAUGGCCUCUCUUGCACAGCAGGGCUGGCAAUCGACUGGACUCGUGACACUGAAGGUCGUAUCUUCUUAACUGGAGCCACCGGGUUUGUGGGAUCAUUCAUGUUGGCAGAUUUGCUACGCAUGCCCCAUGUCCGUCAGAUCGGGUGUUUGGUACGUGCAAAAGACGCAACAGUUGGUCUACAGCGUCUGCGCACCGCAAUGGCCAAGUAUGAUCUCUGGGAGGACAAGUUCUCUGAAAAGUUGUUAGCUCUGCCUGGUACACUGGAGGAUGACUUCUUAGGCAUGGGACCAGACCGGUUUGAGGAGAUUGCCAAUUGGGCCAGCGUAGUAUUCCAUCUAGGAGCUCGCGUCAAUUAUACUCAGCCAUACUCUCUGCACCGCCCUGCCAACACGUUGGGUACCUUGAAUGUUUUGAAACUGGCAUUCAAAGGGCGGACAAAAGCGGUACACUAUGUAUCAAGCAUCUCCUGCUUCGGACCAACUGGCUUUGUGACCGGCGUGAAAAGAGUACGGGAAGAUGAAUCCCUACUGCCACACCUCGAAGCCCUCCCCUAUGACCAUGGUUAUGCUCAAAGCCAAUGGGUCGCAGAACAGCUCUUACGCCGACUCAUCGAUCGUGGAUUUCCUAUUGCCGUUUAUCGACCAGGAUUCAUUACUGGUCAUAGUCGAACGGGUGCCUGCAAUCCGGAUGAUUUCUUUAGCCGGUUGAUUCAUGCAUGUCAGGAGAUGAAUUGCUACCCACAGUUGCCGAACCAACGCAAGGAAUUCGUCCCCGUUGAUUAUGUCAACUCUGUAAUCUUACAUAUUGCCUCAUCACGGUCAUCUCUAGGCCAUGCCUAUCACAUUGUCCCCCCUAGUAGGGAAACCUCCAUUGAUAUGGAUGAUUCAAUGGACAUGGUUGGUGAGUGCGGCAGUGGUCCAAUGCUGGGCGUUUCGUACACGGAGUGGGUUAAGCGACUAUCCGCAAAUCCACCUAAACGUCUGCAACCACUGGAGCCUAUGCUUGCAGAGAGGGUGAAGAACGGCUUGACCCGAUGGGAACUUUACGAAAACAUGCCCGUUUACGAGACAACCAACACCAUGGAAGCCCUUGCCAAUUUCCCCGGUGGUCUCGAGUUUCCGAUUCUAGACAGGGACCUGAUGAAGAGAUAUUUGAAUCAUCUCCAAGUGAAAAUGGAGCAAUGA